AUGACAGUCAUGAUUGUUGCCAUGAAUUCAAACGAUCAAAUCACUGCAAAACCUAAAAUAGUUUCUGCAAGCAUUCGCUUGCUUAUGCCUGUUUCUCAAGGACUGAAACCUGUCAAGGAAAGUCGUCCAAGUUUUACUGCUCAUUCAUCAUCAGAAUUUUGUGCGUUUGAUGGAGAUGAACCUCCAGAAGCUGUAACACUUCGACAGAAACUAUAUAAUAAUCAUUGGAAACUACUCGAGAAUCAAAUCGGUAUUAUUCUGGCUAAAAGCAACGACGAUUUGCUGAAUCAAAUUGUAGAUUUUGUGUCCGAUUCCAGCUCGUCUUCCAAGUUUCAGGAAAUUCCAACUGCUGCCUUGUUGGCUGGCAUCAAUCCAACAGAUCAUUUGCAGCUCUAUAGUCACUUGAGCCAGAGAAUCAAGCAAAAAGGGCAUGCAAUGUCCACCCUUAUGGCAGCUAAUGCCACAUCGCUUAAAGUGGUUGUGCAGUGCAUGAUUCAAGAUUUGUGUGGUUUAGAUGCUGAUGUCGAAAAUGAUAUUGCGCCAGCUGGUUCGGGUCAAAACAAAAAGUGUGCAACCAUUCCAGACUUUAGCAUUCAGCGACUCUCUGAGUGGUAUCAUCAUCAACAAAUGUUAUCCACAUCAGAUAAGCUAUCUAGUAAGCUUGUUGUAUUUAUUCCUGAAUUUGAAGCAUUUGACUCGGAGCUACUUUCAAAACUUUUGGCAAUAUGCAGAGAAAGAAUCAACACACUCCCAUUUGUUUUUAUUUUUGGAAUUGCUACUUCAAUUGACUGUAUCCACCAAGUACUAUCCAAAACCACUAUUUGUUCGUUAAGGCUAGAAUCGUUCCAGCUGCAUCGCUCCCUUGACUGCAUCAAUGACUUAUCAAACAUGCUUCAAAUUGGAUCUGGAUCUGGAUUUAGACUAGGGCGUUGGCCAUACCAACAGUUACUGGAUAACUACCAUCUACAUAAUCUUUCAGUGAGUGCGUUUAUUAGAGGCAUUCAAUACUCUGUCAUGGCGUUUUACUACGGAAAUCCACUAAGCGUGUUUCAUAGUCUACUGCAUGGUGAAUCGCCAAUCAAUACCGAAACUGUACCCGAUUGGAUCUCUAGUAUGCACUACUUGCGUCUUCGUAUGCUCCCGUCAUUCAAAAGAUAUGUCGAUGAAAUUAGUGAAACACAUUCUGAGCUAGCAUACAGCCUUUUAACUGAUGAUGCAGUACUCUUAGAGCAUGCCAUGUAUUUGAUAAACCAGCUUAUCAAAUACCAAAAAUAUGUCAAGAUUGCUAUUGAAAUGGUGACUGAUUUUCAAGCCAGCUUUGAAUCCACGUAUCUCAAGCGACCUAUUCGCACACUGGUUAAAGAUAUGCUUCAUGAUAACUUGAUGAAAACCGAUUUGCUGAAAACUAUGGCAAAUGUACACAAAAAUCAGCCCCUGUCUAAAAUCAAGGCAACUCUUUUACGGAUAAAGCAGAUUGUAUUGGACUCGGCUGAUAUGGACUCGGCAUUAUUGCUUGGAUUGUCUGACAGAGCAAAGCCAAUGUUGAAUCCAAAGAAAUCAGCUGAUAAUCUUAAAGACACUCCAAGCAUCAUUGACAAUAUUAAUAUGCUUCUAGAUCAAGCUAUCCGAUUUGAGGGAAGCGAUUCCGAUUCGGAAACGGUCGAUGCAACUCCAGACGAAGAAGAAACGAUUUAUCUGAUCAAAGAUGGAUUGAAGCGAAUACAUAAACAAAAGGAACUUGAGCGACGAAGCAAAGUUUCGACCAAGUUGAAACCAUUGCAGCAGGAACUGGUGUUGAGAGAUGAUACGAUUGCGAGUUGGGCUGUUGCAGCCACCAAGUGCAUUUGGGAUGCCUUGACAGGAAUGCUGGGAAUAUAUACGAGCAUGCCUCUUUUUGAACUGUUUUAUUUUGAUGAUCAAAACAAGAGUCUGUCCAAGAUAUUCAAUGCUCAACCUAGAGCAGUGGUUCAGACUGCACUUGCGCAUCCAGAUACAUACAUGCCGUGUGAUCGAUGCCUUGAUCCUUCACAGACCAUUAGUUCGUCGCUCAAUGAUACCAGCAUUGUUUACGCGUUGUAUCUGGAAUGUGGACGAUUGAUCAACCUGUAUGACUGGCAUACAGCAUUUUCAUCCAUUGUUCAAAGCGGAUCAGCUUGCAGCACACCCACAACCGACCCACUGGAAAUUCAAGUCCGGUUUAUCAAGGCUGUUGCAGAUUUACAGCAUCUUGGAUUCAUCAAACCCACAAUGCGAAAAACAGAUCAUGUCGUGCGUCUCACAUGGGGAUCCGAUUAA